AUUAAGUCUGUGUUUUGGAAACUUCUUUUGGGGAUAGACAAAAUCAGAAGAUGUAAUUAAUUGUUUCAUUUAUGUGUUCAUCUUUUUUUACAUUGCGGAAUUAAUAGUAGAGCAGAUAAUAUUAGGAGGGAAAAAUAAUUAUAAAAUGAAAUAAUUACAAUAAUCACUGAUUUCUCCAAAAACUCUGCAAGCGUCCACGAGUCUAUAAGCCAAGCAUUUACUUUUACAUGAUCAGAAAAGUAGCGGUGUCAGAAAGACAGCCAGUACCAAUACAGCACUUUGUAAAAGACUAUAUCAGGAGUAAAUAAAAAAUAAUGUGAACUUACGUUCAGCUGGAUAUGACGUUGAUUGAAAUGUGUUCCAUUUAUGGCCUCUAAAAUCUGGUGACGUCAGGCGUUUAUGAGUUUUAAAUAUAGUUCACUUGGGAAAAUGAGUUUAAAAGAAACUUUUAUGGACAAUAUCAGCUUACAGGCAGAUGUAGUGUGAUGGGUAUGGUAAUAUCUGCUUACACUUUCAGAUACCUGUAGUUUAAUGGCCAUGAUAGUAUCUGCUUACAGAUAGCCGUAGUGUGAUGGGCAUGAUAAUAUCUGCUCACAGAUAGCUGUAGUGUGAUGGGCAUGAUAAUAUCUGCUUACAGAUAGCCGUAGUGUGAUGGGCAUGAUAAUAUCUGCUCACAGAUAGCUGUAGUGUGAUGGGCAUGAUAAUAUCUGCUUACAGAUAGCUGUAGUGUAAUGGGCAUGAUAAAAUCUGCUCACAGAUAGCUGUAGUGUGAUGGGCAUGAUAAUAUCUGCUUACAGAUAGCUGUAGUGUAAUGGGCAUGAUAAUAUCUGCUCACAGAUAGCCGUAGUGUGAUGGGCAUGAUAGUAUCUGCUCACAGAUAGCUGUAGUGUAAUGGGCAUGAUAAUAUCUGCUCACAGAUAGCUGUAGUGUGAUGGGCAUGAUAAUAUCUGCUCACAGAUAGCUGUAGUGUGAUGGGCAUGAUAAUAUCUGCUCACAGAUAGCUGUAGUGUGAUGGGCAUGAUAAUAUCUGCUCACAGAUAGCUGUAGUGUGAUGGGCAUGAUAAUAUCUGCUCACAGAUAGCUGUAGUGUGAUGGGCAUGAUAAUAUCUGCUCACAGAUAGCUGUAGUGUGAUGGGCAUGAUAAUAUCUGCUCACAGAUAGCUGUAGUGUGAUGGGCAUGAUAAAAUCUGCUUACAGAUAGCUGUAGUGUGAUGGGCAUGAUAAAAUCUGCUUACAGAUAGCUGUAGUGUGAUGGGCAUGAUAAUAUCUGCUCACAGAUAGCUGUAGUGUGAUGGGCAUGAUAAAAUCUGCUUACAGAUAGCUGUAGUGUGAUGGGCAUGAUAAAAUCUGCUUACAGAUAGCUGUAGUGUGAUGGGCAUGAUAAUAUCUGCUCACAGAUAGCUGUAGUGUGAUGGGCAUGAUAAAAUCUGCUUACAGAUAGCUGUAGUGUGAUGGGCAUGAUAAAAUCUGCUUACAGAUAGCUGUAGUGUGAUGGGCAUGAUAAUAUCUGCUCACAGAUAGCUGUAGUGUGAUGGGCAUGAUAAAAUCUGCUCACAUAUAGCUGUAGUGUGAUGGGCAUGAUUAUUACUAAGGCGAUACUUUUAUGCUUUGUAAAAUUACGUUUGGAUUUAUUCAAAACUGUUUAUUAAAAAUUGAAUUUUAAUACGAUCCAAAAAUUAAUGCUGGAUAUUUCCAAUCAGCUGUUUCAGGUGCCAAGGUGAUGAUUGAGAUCUCGACGAGAUGGUGAGUUUGAGUCGGUUAUUCUCAUCUUAUCUAAAACACCUAGUGCACUUUAGUCACAUGAUCGCAUUCAAUGUUUGUAUACGCUUUCGCGAGGGUAAGAUGGCGGCGCUGCGCACAGAAAUAAUAUUAUGUGCACUGAUUUAACGAGACAUUCAACAGUGGACUGGCAAGAUGACGCUGUGUGGAUGGCUGACGUUAUUUGAUGUACUGUGGAUGACUGUUUUCAUGUGAUGACAUUGUGGAUUGGUGACUUUGUCUGAUAUAAUGUUGAGUGAUGACUUUGUCUGAUAGAGUGUGGAUUACUGACUUUGUAUGAUAUAAUUUGGAUUGCUGACUUCGUGUAGCUUAAAAUGGAUGAAUGCUACCACGUGAUGUAAUGUGGAUGACUGACUGCAUGUGAUAUAAUGUGGAGGACAGAUUAAAAUCAAAAUUUAAGUGUUUGGACUUAGCUGGUGUAAGACUCCAUUACGAUGACUGCAGAUAUCAAAGCCUAUCAUCAGGCUAUUUUUUUUUUCUUCUUUUCUUGAUCUGUAUUUGAAGGUUGCAGUAAAUAAAGAUUCAAAGGCUACCACUUGCAAAAAUUUAUAGUUAUGAGCUUCGACUGAGAGAGAACAUCCGCCCAAGCCCCCAGUGUGUAAAAAUCAAAUCCUAACAUAAUUUUACCUUUCCAGGCUGACGAAAGCACACAGACAUCUACUUGGUUACUCAAUGUAGAGGAUGUAACCAAGGGAAACAAUCAACAAGGAAAGAAAGAUAACUCUGAGGCUAUCUCACGACCAUGGAACAGUAAGUUAACAGUUUUCAAAAACGAAUUUCUUUGUGGAAUAGUAAUGUGCAUUCACACCAGUUCAUUUAUGUGUAAGGUCUAAGAGGCGCAAGCCGUGUGACAUCACUUGACCUAACUCUCGUCCCCAGAGCUCCACCCCGCACAGAAGCUGAUGCGUCUGCUGAGCAUCCUGAUGAAGUGUCUUCUCCUCAUGUCCAUCCUCUACUUCUUCGUGUGCUCCCUGGGGCUGAUGGAGGACUCGUUUCAACUCUUGGGAGGUAGGUGCAGUUUACGGCUGAUCAAAUCGUUUUAUAAACAAUGGUGUGCGUGUGUGUGUGUGAGGGGGGGGGGCGGUGUAAUACUUUUUAAAAAAAAUUUAUUUCAAGUGUGACGUAUCAAAUAAUUUAGCUCGACCAGUGGGGGUAUGUUGCUUGGUGAGCUCUGGCUCGAUCGUUUGCUGUUUUUAUUAAGAGAGUUAGUUAGUUCGAUCGUCCAUAUAAUGAAAUUACAUUAAUUUUAUUGUGGGUGUUGUCAAACAAAAACUAGUGAGAUAACGUCGGCUACCCGUUACAUCCCAUUCAUUGGUGUGAGUUAUUGCACAACAACAACUUUGGAACCCUCAGGUAGAGCAGCAGGCGAGACGUUCCGAAACAGCGAUGUAUUGAGUAACCCCAUAGCUGGCCUCAUGAUCGGUGUGCUGGCCACGGUCCUGGUGCAGAGCUCUUCAACUGCUACGUCCAUCGUGGUAGCCAUGGUUGCUUCUGAAGGUAGGAGAUGUGCGAGAGCAUGUGUGUGAAGUGAGAAAGCAUGUGUGUCUGACUCUUCAACUGCUACGUCCAUCGUGGUAGCCAUGGUUGCUUCUGAAGGUAGGAGAUGUGCGAGAGCAUGUGUGUGAAGUGAGAAAGCAUGUGUCUGAUGUGAUACAGCAUUUGUGUAAUGUGAGACAGCCUUUUUUUUUUUAAGAAUAUCUCCUCGACUGCCGACUUGAUAACCUUAACAUGUGGAUAAAGUUUGAGCCAUCCAAGCACGGCCAAGCAUUUUCGAUUCUGCUCUCGUUGUCAGGACAUCCUUCUGGGUGCUAAAGUUCAAGGUUUGGGGGUAUUCAAGGCCACGUCUGCAAGGCUAAACGAGUGGUAAAGGUCACCGUAAAAACAUUUUCCCCCUCGCAUUUACCUCGCAAAUAUCUAUUUGGUUGUCAUUUCUAAUUAAUAGGGUGACUUCCUUCCCCAGUCAUUCCGAUUCGUGCGGCCAUUCCUGUCAUCAUGGGCACCAAUGUUGGAACCUCUGUAACAAGCACCCUUGUCUCGCUGGCCCAGGCUGGCGACAGAACGGAGUUUCGGCGAGCGUUUGCCGGUGCCACGGUAAGUGAAUGCAGCGCAUAAUUACGAUUAAGCUCGUCUGCAACCAAGUGACCCCGAUACUGAGACAAAAUAAAACAUACAUCUUUGUCUAUAUUUAAACAAACUUAUAAAUGUUUUUAAAGAGAAUCAUAACACAUGCUACGUACACGGAAAGUUUUGAGGCACGCCUAAAGCCCGAAUUAAAAUGUGUUUGUCACGCGGGGCUGUCUCACCUUGGGAAAUUUCCCAAGAUAUUGGGAAUUCACUAUCCUAUUCAGGGCCAAAACUCAAUUUUGUUUUUUAAAUUCCCAAGAUCCUUUGAAAAAACUCUUAUAUAUUUUCAUGAUCUUCAGACAUCUUGGGAAAUGUUUUGACCAAAUCUUCGGAAUUAAAAAAAAAAUGAGUGGCAGCCCUGUUGUCACGACAUUUUCAGUGUUCAUUUAAAUAUAGGUCUUUGCGUAGCUAGGGUCGGUGUAAUGUCAUCCGGGGCAGUCCGCAACCCCCCUCCCCCCCCCCCUCCGUCACCCACCUCGCUACGCCACUGCUAUAGUUUGUGUAGUAGAAGACGUCACUGAAAUAAGUUAAGGAAAAUAUUAAUGAUCAUCUUGAAAAAUCUUCUUCCCAAAACUCCCAAACACACUCUCUCCCCCCCCCCACCUCCACUCCAACCUCCAACACUCCCUCACAACCUACAGGUUCACGAUAUGUUCAACUGGAGUGCUGUCCUCGUGCUGCUACCGCUGGAGAUAGCCACCAGCUACCUCUACUACCUGACCAAGGCCAUUGUUCAGAUGAUGAACGUCCACACUGAGAACUACAAGAUCGAGCUCCUCACGGCCAUCACGAAGCCAUUCACGGAGCUCAUCGUGGAGGUUCGUGCGCAGCAACAUUAGAUUUGCGCUCUUUAAUAAGACAUUAGAUUUGCGCUCUUUAAUAAAACAUUAGAUUUGCGCUCUUUAAUACAAUUGCUUGGGUGUGUAAUAAAACUUCAAAUGGUCGGACUUUGACAGCAAAGUUAAUCACAUUAUUCAUGAUAAAUGAGAAUCCAAUAAAAUGUGUUAUACACAGCAAUGAUGUUAUCAUUAAAAGAGAUGAGGACUAUUACAAGUUACAUAAUUAAUUUGUCUGUAUCCACAAGUCCAGGGUCGGAUUUCCCAUAUUGCCAAAUAAAGGUCAUGACCUAGGUCGCAGCAGUCAGGGGCGCAUAUACAGAAGAAACGACAACCAAAUGUUUACAAAAUUGUCAGUGUUAUUUUGAAAAAGACAUUUUAAAAUGUUGUGGUAGUGUAGCUUUGUACUGUCCGUUAUUUUGAAAAGGACAUUUUAAAAUGCUGUAGUAGUGUAGCUUUGUACUGUCCGUUAUUUUGAAAAGGACAUUUUAAAAUGCUGUAGUAGUGUAGCUUUGUACUGUCCGUUAUUUUUAAAAGGACAUUUUAAAAUGCUGUAGUAGUGUAGCUUUGUACUGUCCGUUAUUUUGAAAAGGACAUUUUAAAAUGCUGUGGUAGUGUAGCUUUGUACUGUCCGUUAUUUUGAAAAGGACAUUUUAAAAUGUUGUAGUAGUGUAGAUUGGUAGUGUAGCGUAGUUACUACGAUGUUACCUGGCACAGCCCAGCAGAUGGAGCUGGCUGCCAAUGUACUAGCCGGCACAGCCCAGCAGAUGGAGCUGGUUGCCAAUGUACUAGCCGGCACAGCCCAGCAGAUGGAGCUGGUUGCCAAUGUACUAGCCGGCACAGCCCAGCAGAUGGAGCUGCAACGGUUACAUGAUCGGCCGUGUCGGGUCGUCUACCUCGACCAAGCCAAUGUACUAGCCGGCACAGCCCAGCAGAUGGAGCUGGUUGCCAAUGUACUAGCCGGCACAGCCCAGCAGAUGGAGCUGGCUGCCAAUGUACUAGCCGGCACAGCCCAGCAGAUGGAGCUGGCUGCCAAUGUACUAGCCGGCACAGCCCAGCAGUUGGAGCUGGCUGCCAAUGUACUAGCCGGCACAGCCCAGCAGAUGGAGCUGGCUGCCAAUGUACUAGCCGGCACAGCCCAGCAGAUGGAGCUGGCUGCCAAUGUACUAGCCGGCACAGCCCAGCAGAUGGAGCUGGCUGCCAAUGUACUAGUUGGGGGUUUUAAGAGCUUAAGCUCAACCCCCGCCAUUAUAUGUGUGUUAGUUAGUAGUGUCAAUUUUAAUUCAAAAUGUAGGCCCUAAUGUGUCUAAAGAUUAUAAAGAACUUAUUAAGUGAUUAAUGUUUUUUUUUAAAUAAACAAUUGCAUAUUAAAUAGGAAACUAUAGAUAAACUUCUUGAGGAGGGUGCGCAGAAUAGUGUGCCUUGGCUAGGGGCGCUGAAAUGUGUAAAUCCGACCCAGCACAAGUCAUUUGACAUCAUAAUUAUAAUCUAAAAGUCUUAAGAUUAAUACAGAAACACCUCACACAUGUCCCUGCACCAGUUUUAUGACAUCAUAAUUAUAACCUAAAAGUAUAAAGAUUAUACCAGAAACAUCUCACACAUGUCCCUUCACCAGUUCUAUGACAUCAUAAUUUUAACCUAAAAGUAUUAUGAUUAUACCUGAUACAUCUGACACAACCUCCACAGAUUAACCGUGAAAUUAUCACAGACAUCGCCAUGGACCCCAACGUCACCCAAGAGUCGUCGGUGAUGAAGCGCUGGUGUCAGGUGACCAUCGUGGAGAAGACGGUGUCCGUCAUGCGCUACAACCCGGUGCUGGUGGACUGCAGCCAGGUGCACAGAGACUCGCCUUUCUACGCCAGCUGCACCAACAUCGGCAACACGGGGAGGCCUGGGGUCCCCAACAUUGUGGGUCUCUACAUGGGAUGGAACGACACGGAGGUCGUCAAUACGACACUGCACCGUACACGAUGUGAGAACCACUCGUUUUUCCUCUAUUUUUUUUUUUUAAUUUGUAGCCUCAUUUUAAAUUCCAUGUUAGUUCGUCCGUCAAAAAUCGAUGAUCACCAUAUUAAUUUCAACAUUUGAUUGGCACUGGGGCAUUUGAUGUACAGAUGGCUGGUGAGGCACUUGGGCUGAAUCUGGCAGAAGAUGUGCAGAUGGCUGGUGAGGCACUUGGGCUGAAUCUGGCAGAAGAUGUGCAGAUGGCUGGUGAGGCACUUGGGCUGAAUCUGGCAGUUGAUGUGCAGAUGGCUGGUGAGGCACUUGGGCUGAAUCUGGCAGUUGAUGUGCAGAUGGCUGGUGAGGCACUUGGGCUGAAUCUGGCAGUUGGUGUGCAGAUGGCUUGUUAGGCACUUGGGCUGAAUCUGGCAGAAGAUGUGCAGAUGGCUGGUGAGGCACUUGGGCUGAAUCUGGCAGUAGAUGUGCAGAUGGCUGGUGAGGCACUGGGGCUGAAUCUGGCAGUAGAUGUGCAGAUGGCUGGUGAGGCACUGGGGCUGAAUCUGGCAGUAGAUGUGCAGAUGGCUGGUGAGGCACUGGGGCUGAAUCUGGCAGUAGAUGUGCAGAUGGCUGGUGAGGCACUGGGGCUGAAUCUGGCAGUAGAUGUGCAGAUGGCUGGUGAGGCACUGGGGCUGAAUCUGGCAGUAGAUGUGCAGAUGGCUGGUGAGGCACUGGGGCUGAAUCUGGCAGUAGAUGUGCAGAUGGCUGGUGAGGCACUGGGGCUGAAUCUGGCAGUAGAUGUGCAGAUGGCUGGUGAGGCACUGGGGCUGAAUCUGGCAGUAGAUGUGCAGAUGGCUGGUGAGGCACUGGGGCUGAAUCUGGCAGUAGAUGUGCAGAUGGCUGGUGAGGCACUGGGGCUGAAUCUGGCAGUAGAUGUGCAGAUGGCUGGUGAGGCACUGGGGCUGAAUCUGGCAGUAGAUGUGCAGAUGGCUGGUGAGGCACUGGGGCUGAAUCUGGCAGUAGAUGUGCAGAUGGCUGGUGAGGCACUGGGGCUGAAUCUGGCAGUAGAUGUGCAGAUGGCUGGUGAGGCACUGGGGCUGAAUCUGGCAGUAGAUGUGCAGAUGGCUGGUGAGGCACUGGGGCUGAAUCUGGCAGUAGAUGUGCAGAUGGCUGGUGAGGCACUUGGGCUGAAUCUGGCAGUAGAUGUGCAGAUGGAUGGUGAGGCACUGGGGCUGAAGCUGGCAGUAGAUGUGCAGAUGGCUGGUGAGGCACUGGGGCUGAAUCUUGCAGUAGAUAAGCAGAUGGCUGGUGAGACACUGGGGCUGAAUCUGGCAGUAGAUGUGCAGAUGGCUGAUGGGCCGAACUAGCAUGAAAUGUUCUUGUCCAGAAGGUUCAUGGGAUGGAUGGGACAAUACCGGUUGCAGUGUUGGUCCGGGCUUUUCUGACUUGUCUCUUGUGCUCUGCGGCAGCUGUUCUGUUUCUCUCAUUUUGCAGGUAGACUUCGUGUAGGAGGAGGGGUUGCCUCUGUGGACUGUCCGCAUGUAUCCGUGCUUGUGUGAAAAACUUUCAAUGUUGCUUUCAGGGUGUCGCUCUUAUAACGUUGCUCCUGCCCCCCCCCCCCCAGCAAACCGCUUGCCAUGUUGAGUGAGACAUAAAGUAUUUUUAGGACAAGUUGUCAUCUGACACUGUCACAACAUGUGUCGUCGUGCCCCCUGCCUCCCUCCCCCCUCCCCAAUCACAAAAGAUGCCUUGACUGCAUUCGAAAGUUAUAUGUUUUGUGGAGUCCUGUUAAAGCGAGUACCUCCGUGUCUGGGAUCAUCUAUAUUUCUAUCUUGACGGAUAUCCCUUUAAAACUUUUUUUUUUUUAAAUGUAUGAACAAAAAUGAUCUAGGUUUACUUCCCCUGAAUUGCUUAGAUCAGAAGUCCGCAGCCAGUGUUUUGUGGCUCUAUAAUUAUAUGAUCUUAAGAUGACAUAAUUCGGUGAUAACACGGCACAUAGUGUUCUCAUAGGGGUUUUUCUUCCCCACUGUUUAAAAAAACACCGUUUGUGUUUGUGUAAUUUUAAUUUGUAAUUCGGGAUUAGGGGAGGGAGAGUUAUUGGAUAAUUGAAAAUGCAACACCUUCCAGGCUUAAAUUAUGAUACGUCGGUGGAAGAGAUAAAGAGACUACCUGAGAGGCUACGAAGCGUUGUUUUCUCAAAGACUAAACAAAUUUGCCCCAGUCUAACAUCCCUUUAUCUUCUACCGACCCAGGUCACAGCCUCUUCGCCUUGAGUGACAUCCCUGACAAGCCUGCGGGCGCCAUCCUCCUCAUCGUGUCCAUUGUCAUCAUUCUGGCCUCGCUGUUCGGCAUUGUCAAGAUCCUCAACUCUUUACUGAAGGUAUAUAUUACCGUGCGCGUCAAUUUGUUCGGUCUCCUACCAUGGGCGCCCGCAGCUAGGGGCAAGGUGGGGCACCUGGAUUGAUUGGAUAAAAAAUUUUUUAGACAAAAAUAGACAAAAAAUGUUUUAAAGUAAAGAGAAAAUAAAGAGAAAGUAACUGAGCUGAUGUCCUGUCCGUUCGUUCACUAUACAAAUACGCUACAGUAAAUUAUAACUACAUUAAAACAUUACUAAAAAAAAAUUGCAACCCCCUGGAAAGUUAAUCGAUUUUUUUUUUCCCACCCCCCCCCUAGAAAUUUUUCUGCGGGUGCCCAUGUCUCCUACAUAUUUAUCUGUAACGAAACAUUUUGAGGUCCUUUUGAGAUGCACAGCUGAGAGAUGAGCAACUCUGGUAAUAUUUUAAGCUUUGGGGCUUCAACUCCAGCAAUAUAUUACAAGGGCUUACCUUGAAGAGACCCCCAAGGGAAGAUGUUUUCCAAGUGCUCUCACUUUGUUGAUUCACAUUUCGCAAUUUGUACGUUGUAUAGAUUUGUGUAUCACAAGCUCGAUCCUAUUGCUAAUUAUCAUAGUUCAAUACAAAUAGAUUUUAGGAAUUGUGUAAUACAACGAACAAAUCUUGCCUGAUUUAGUUGCAAUGCAGACUAAUUCUGUUGCUCAAGUUAUUUCACAUGUUUCAUCCAGGGCUCUGUCGCUAAAGUCAUCAACAAGACGAUGAAUGCCGACUUCCCUGGGAGACUCGCCUACUUCACUGGCUACGUGGCGCUGCUGGUGGGCUGCGGGAUGACCAUGCUCAUCCAAAGCAGUUCUGUAAGUCGCGUGAGCUUUCAUUUUUUCAGUGGUUUUAUUAAACGUGCUCUGUUUAUGUUUAUACUGGUAUGGUAUGCCACAUAUCGGCCGUGCUCUGUUUAUGUUUAUAAUGGUAUGGUAUGCCACAUAUCGGCCGUGCUCUGUUUAUGUUUAUACUGGUAUGGUAUGCCACAUAUCGGCCGUGCUCUGUUAUGUUUAUACUGGUAUGGUAUGCCACAUAUCGGCUAUAAACACGAACAAUACACACAUAAAAUAGCAAAAAAAUAUUCCUCUUUGAAUUUCCGCCUUGUUGCCUACUAAAUCUUCCAGAACCCAUUUUCCGUUUUCCCCAUGUUGUGUCUGUUUUUUUUUCCCCCACAAUUUUAACAUCUCCCAUAUCUUCUCAUCCCCAGGUGUUUACCUCCACCCUGACCCCUUUAGUUGGCGUGGGCAUCGUGUCCAUCGACCGCAUGUACCCAAUGACCCUGGGCUCCAACAUCGGCACGACCGUGACCGGCAUCCUGGCCGCCAUGUCCAUCCGUGGUCAGUUCGUGGCCCAGGCCCUGCAGAUCGCCCUCUGCCAUCUUUUCUUCAACAUCUCGGCCGUGCUCAUCUUCUACCCGGUCCCGUUCAUGCGCAUCCCGAUCCCCAUGGCCAAAACGCUGGGGCGCAUCACGUCAAAGUACCGCUGGUUCGCCGGCGUCUACCUGUUCGGCAUGUUCCUGAUCAUCCCGAGCGUGACCUUUGCCCUCUCCUACGCCGGAUGGAUCUACCUUGUGGCGGUGGGCGGGCCCAUAUUUCUGGUGUUUCUGGCGGCGACUGUUGUGAACGUGUUGCAGGCCACGCGUCCUAACUGGCUGCCGCGGCGGCUGCGCACGUGGGACUUCCUGCCCAAGGUUUUGCACUCGUGCGCACCUUAUGACGCUGUGAUUACUUGCCGCAUCAUAACCAGGAGAUGUCCGAAUGAAGACGACGGCAGUGACGUAGAAGAUAAUAAGAAAGAACUUGUAAACGGAGAAAAUAAAAACUACUUAGUGGAGAGACUGUGAUGAUCCCACCCGGCAGGAACACUGUGUACAGUAUGAUGAACUAAAUGCCCUUGUAGUCAGGAGAUAAAGGCGGUGUGUUUGUUGGUGUGUCAGGAAAGGUUUACGUUUCAAAGCUCCCUCCCUUGUUAUUUCCACAUCCAUGUUACAAAUCUAUAUCAUCUGGUGCCUCGCGUUAUGGUGGCAUAUAGCCAGCCUCACGUUAUAUUGGGCAUAGCCAGCCGCACAUUGGACGACCCUUUCACAGGGGUCGCCUAAGACCAUCGGAAAACACAUAUACUCUACAGUUAUGAAGUGGCAACGAAAAUAAUUUUAUGACUGAGGGGUCGCCAUAACAUGAGGAACUGUUUAAAGGGUCGUGGAAUUAGGAAAGUUGAGAACCACUGUAUGAAAGGAUUGCCAGUGAUCUUUGGGCAUCAAUUUAAGAAUACCUGCUUUAAGUAAUACUAUAACAUUAUCAUAAAUGUAGAUGGAGUGUGAGUCUUCAUAAAGUUAUGACAGUUAACAUACAAAUACAAAGAAUUUAUAAUUUAUAGAGAUCGAGAGUCAUAGAGCUAAGACAGUUACAUAAAAGACUUUAUAAAGCUAUGACAGUUACAUACAAAGGCUUUAUAGAGCUAAGACAGUUACAUAAAAGACUUUAUAAAGCUAUGACAGUUACAUACAAAGAAUUCAUCAGGCUAAGACAGUUACAAAGAAGACUUUAUAAAGCUAUGACAGUUACACACAAAGGCUUUAUAGAGCUAAGACAGUUACAUAAAAGACUUUAUAAAGCUAUGACAGUUACAUACAAAGAAUUCAUCAGGCUCAGACAGUUACAAAGAAGACUUUAUAAAGCUAUGACAGUUACAUAUAAAGACUUCAUACAGUUAUGACAGUUACAUACAAGAUUUCAUAAAACUAUGACAGUUACAUACAAAGAUUUCAUAAAACUAUGACAGUUACAUACAAAAACUUCAUAGAGCUAAGACAGUUACAUACAAAAUAAAGACUUCAAAGUCCACAUAUUACUUGCGAUUUUAUUUGAUCUUUCAUUUGAUCUUUGACAGCCAUGAGAUCAGUUAAAAUUCAUGAAAAUAUUUUUAAAUUAAACCAUGAAUUUUUUUUUGUUACGAAACACAUGCAAGAAACACAUGCCAUCCGCAUCAAGUGGAUUUCAACUUAAGACUCAAAGAGUUUCCAUGAAGAUCUGAGUGACAGCAACGCUAUUCUAUUAUAGCAAGACAAUGUCAUUAUCUGAUUUCAGCACAGUGUUUGUUCAGUCGCUUAUCAUACUAGAUGUUUAUUCUAACUUGAAACACCACCAGUAACUGGAGGCGCACCCCACAAUUCUUUUGUUUACCAAACUAUGCAGGAGUGAACUUGUCCCACAAGGACCGGGGAUUUUUCCUAGAAAUUCACUACAGAAAAGUAUCAUCAAAAAUCUAAUUCUUUUCUUUGUCAAAAUAAGAUCCUUUUAUUUUAUCCCGUGCAUUGUGUUUACUGAUAAAAUAUCCAACAGACAAAAUUUUAAAUAUCUAUAUUUGAGUUUACCCUUUUGCAAUAUGGGCUUUAACCAAUGGAUCGAAGAGAAAAAUUAUGAGACGGGAAAACUAUGUUCAAUCUCUUACAAUAAGCGUUUACUUUAAUCAAUAUUUCCUGUACACGCAUACACAUAAACAUAGUAAACUUAAAGAAUAAAGUGUUUUUAAAAUGACUCUUUGCAACUCAGAUUAAGAUUGAUUAUUCUUAAAAUGUACAGAAUAAAUGAUUACAGGAAAUGUGUACGAAAGAAACUUGUUGGACCAAAAACUGUUUGACGGAAUUAGUUCGAACGUAAGUUUGUUCAAAAUGAAAUAAUUGGGGGGGGAGAGAGACAACGCAAAAUAAAUUUUAAUGAACACAUUUUUCUAUUUCCCUGAAAAAAAAUUUUUUUAAAAUAAAUCUCUGUUUAACAAA